UAUGAUGCAAAUGUGCAUAGAAUAGAAUAAUAAUAACCAUCAAAAAUUUUAAGUAUGAUGAAUAGUCAUUCACACAGUAGACAUUGGAAAGGGGUUGGUGACCCUGUACAUCCGUUAUCACGUACUGGACAUUCAGCAGUAUCCCAUGGACGGUACAUCUAUGUUUUAAAUGGUUACGGCCCUUCAGAUGAUAAAAUGAUUCUUUUUGAACGAAUCGGUUUAACACGAUAUGAUAUAUUAACAAAUCGUAUAGAAUGUUUACCAAUACAUUGGGAUAUUAAAUCAUUACAAGAUCAUAUGUUCAAUGAAUUAAUUUUAUUAACAUCUGGUAAUAGUGCAGUAUUAUGUCCAGAAUUAUUAAAUGUAAAUAAUGAGAAACAAUCAGCAUGUAUAUAUACAUUUGGAGGUUAUUCUCUAUUAGGUAAUAUUCAUUUAAAUGCAUUAUGUCGUUAUGACUUAACUCAUACUAAUCUAUCAAAAUAUAUAGAUAAUAAUAAUAAUCAUGAUAGUAAUAAUAAUAAUAAUAAUAAUAAUAAUAAUAAUAAUAAUAAUAAUGAUAAUAAUAAUAAUAAUGAAGAAGAAUUAAAGAAAGAGAAUAAAAUAACAUCAACUGGAUUAAGACCACAUUGUUGUCAUGCUUCUGUAAUAAGUGGACAUGGUAUUUUAAGUUAUUUAGCAUGUUCACAACAAGAUAUUUCUAUACAUCAAUGUAUUCAUUUCACAAUGUUAAAAUCAUUACGAAGACAAUUAGAUUAUUAUCAUCCAGUUAAUAUUGAAUUAAAGUCUAAUGAUAAACAAUGUAAUAAUCUUUUACCAUCACCACGUGAUAAAUGUUGUAUGGAAUAUUGGCAUGGUAAACUUUAUAUAUUUGGUGGUUAUGGUCCACAAUUUAAACCAUUAUCUAUAUGGCCAAAUCAAUUAUAUCAUUGGCCAUAUCUUUAUGAUCCAAAUGAUAAUAAUCAAAGUUGGAUUAUAUGUGAUAGUAAUGGUGGAUGGAAUAAUCAAUUAAUUAUUUAUGAUAUUUAUAAAAAUCAAUGGAAUUUAAUUAGUCAAUCAAAUGUUAUUGGUAAAUUUCCAACACCACGUGCAGCUCAUUGUUCUAUUAUAUUACCUAAUCAUGGUUGGUUAAUUAUAUUUGGUGGUCGUGGUCCAUAUAAUUAUUAUAAUGAUGUUAAUAAUAGUAAUACAUCACAAGAAUUCUCUGAUUAUCGUAUGGGUAGAUUAAAUGAUAUGUAUUGUUUUAAUAUUAAUUUAAUGGAAUGGACUAAAAUUUUAACACCAUUAGAUAUACCAUAUAUAACAAGUAAUGAUUAUAUUAAACAACCAACAAUAUCAUCAUGUAUUUGGCCAUGUGGUCGAUCUUGGACGAAUAUGAUUGUUAUAAAUGAUUCAUUAUCUAUACAAAAUGAUUCUUGUUCUUGUUCUUGUUCUUCGUCGUCGUCGUUGUCGUCAUCGUUGUCUACUUCUUCUUCUUCUUCUUAUAGACAUAAAACACUGAAUGAAAUGAAUAUUCAAUUAUUUCUUCAUGGUGGUUAUUCUAAUCAUGAAGAAUCAUUAAAUGAUGCUUAUUUAAUAAAUAUUCAUUUAUGUAAACAAGAUAAACAAUUAAAAGCUGAAAUUAUUCAUUCUACAAAAGAGGCAAAUGUUAUGUUUAAUAAUAAUAAUAAUAAUAAUAAUAAUAAUAAUAAUUCUUAUUUAAUGAAUUUAAAUAAACAAUAUGAUUAUUAUAUUGAAUCAUUGAAUUCAAUGAAUCAUCAUAAUAAUCAUUUAAAUAAACCAAUUCUUAUAGAUGGUUAUAUAUGUUUACAGAAAUCAUUUGAUUAUAAAAAAUAUAUCUAUUUAAAUGUAAAUUCAUUUGGAGAAAUUUUAUUCAAUGAACAAUUGUAUAUAGAUUUAAUUGCAUUCUAUUAUUCAAUUGAUUCAAAUAUGAUUACUGAAUUAUUUAAAGUUAAUCAUCAUACUACUUAUAAUAAUAAUAGUAGUAAUAGUAAUAGUAGUAGUAAUAGUAAUAGUAGUAGUAAUAAUAAUAAUAUGAUAAAUAAUUUGAAUUUAUUUUUACAAAAUUUCAAUUAUCACUUACAUAUGUAUCAAGAUUCAUCAUAUACAAUACAUAAUUAUAAUAAUAAUAAAUCUGAGGAAUGUAUAAAUCCUAAAGAUCCAUUAUAUCGUAUUGCUUUGUUACAUACUAUUUUUAUACAAUAUUUAAAUGAAAAUUAUUGUUUAUAUACUAUCAAUAAUCAUAAGGAUAAAAAUUCAAAGAUGAACUCUACUACUACUAAUAAUAAUAAUACUGUUACUAGGAACAGUCAAUUUAUUCAAGAUUUGAGUAAUAUGUGUCAAAAUUAUCAAUUCUAUUUGGAACCUAUACAAAAUUCAAUUUUUAAUAUGUCACAUGGUUCUGAAAAUUUCCCUCUUCUUAGUGCAUUAACUCAAUUAAUAGGUAUAUUUUUUAAAUUCAUGUUACCUUGGCAAAUAAUUCAAAUGAUGUUACAAGAACAAAAUAGUUGGUUAACAAGUGAAUAUAGUUUAGAAUUAAUACAAAAAUUAAUACCACAAUUAAAUAUAAAUAAAAAACAACAUUCUGAAAACUCUUUAUCAUUACCAAUAUAUCAAUUAGAUUUAAAUGAUCAAUUAAUUCUUAAUAAAUUAUUAUUAUUGAUUAAACCAAAUCAAAUACAUAAUCCAAUAAAUUAUUAUAGAGAUCGUAUUGAUCGUUUAUCACAAUAUAUACAACAAACAAUCAUGUCAACAUUAAUAUGUUAUAGUAGUCAAUCACCGUUUUAUAUUGAUAUUGUAAAUACUCCUACUAUUAUAUUUAGUGUGGAUGAAUUGUUUCCUUCAUUGUCGUCGUCGUCGUCAUCAUCAUCAUCACAAUCAUCAUCAUCAACAACAACAACAACGAUGCAAACAUUAAAUAAACCGAUUCAUCGUCAUUGGCAUACUGUAACACUUGGUUUAGAUGGACGUAUAUAUGUAAUCGGUGGAGCUGCUCAAGAAGCAUUAGAAAUACCAUUAGAAUGUUAUAAUUUACAUCGACCAAUUAAUUUAACUAUACAAUGUUCUAUGAAAAUAACAAAACUUAUUCUAUCUAAAUUUUUAUAUGCAAUAGAAUAUGAUUUAUUAACAGCUAAUAGAAGUUAUAAUAAUAAUAAUAAUAAUAGUAAUACAAUACUUCCAUAUCCAUGUCAUUUAAAUAAAAAUAAAUUAAAAAUGGAUUAUUUAAAGAAUUUAGAUGAAAAUUUAGAAAAACUUUUAAAUUGCCAUGUGAAAUACUUAUUAGAAGAAUGGUUACUAUAA